GAUGGCAAGCAGUCCUUUACAUGUUGAAUAUGUUGCAGUAUAUCCUAGAUACAAUAUAUGUUUGCAGAACCGAACAGUUCUCUUGUUGCGUAGGGAGAAUUGGAUUCAGAAGGUAUAAAUAAUCCGGGAAGAAAAACAAAAAUGCAGAUAGUUCACAUUCGUUUCCCAGUGUUCUUUCUUUGGGUGUAGCUGCUUUUGUCCAUCAUUUAUCAAUUGAAACUCAGGUCUCUUUGUCAAAGAAAUCCACUUCCAUCAAAAUAUGUCCUCAUACAAUAUCGUUGUCGAAGUGUAUAAUGGUCUCCUGGUUCUGCUCAUCUCACUUAGCAUCAGUUCAUGUAAGUCUCUCCAAGCCUCUCUGUAUUCAUCCUGCUGGUCGUUUCUUACAGAACAAUAAUAUUCCAUAACAUUCAUAUACCACAAUUUACCCAGCCAUUCUCCAAUUGAUGGGCACCCAUUCAUUUGCAUGGAUAAUUUUUCAACAUUAACCCUUGCCAAACCUUAUGUCCCAAUUUUCCCCGCCUUCCUCCCACCCGCUCCCCUAGAUGGCAAGUAAUCCAAUUUAUGUUAAAAACGUUGCAGAUUUACUUCUUUAUUAAGUCAGUGAAUUAAUAAGUUGGAAAAAAGUUUAAAAAAAUAAUAAAAUUAAGCGACAUCUCCGUCUAAGUAACAAGCUAAGCAUUAGAGAUACAGAGACGGGAAAGAGAGCGCCUUCCCUCAGGGAAUCUGCCAUCUAAUAGGGACACAACCAAACAAACGCAAUACACAAAGCAAUUCAUUUUGUUAGUGGUGCAGAACUCCAAAAUGACUUUCUGGAGCCGCGUCAGGGGUUGGUCUUCCAGCUUUGCCAUUCAGUGUCCGCAUAAGCGGCUGGGGUCGCUCCUGGGAGGGAGGGGGGCAGGGUGGGGGAGGGGGAGCUGUUCCAUUGGAAAGUUCGGAAGUCUCUCAGAAGCGAGCACCGCACUUCAGCUUCCACUUGUCGGAAACGGAGCGGAGAGAAGGCGGGCACUUCCGGGGCAUCCGAGGUCGCGGCGGUGGCAACAUGGCGGCCCCCUUAGAGCUCAGGUGCUGGGGUGGCGGUUGGGGGCUCCCUUCUGUGCACAGCGAGUCCCUGGUGGUUCUGGAGAUGUACCUAUUUUGACAUCAGAAGACAAUAUUGUAUCUCAACCGGCAAAAAUACUUAAUUUUUUGAGAAAACAGAAAUAUAAUGCUGAUUAUCAACUUUCUGCAAAACAAGGUGCAGAUACACUGGCUUACAUUGCUCUCCUUGAAGAGAAGCUUCUUCCUGCAGUGCUCCAUACAUUCUGGAUUGAGAAUGAUAAUUACUUUACUGUGACAAAGCCAUGGUUUGCUUCACGGAUACCAUUUCCAUUGAGCUUGAUUCUGCCUGGAAGAAUGUCUAAAAGAGCAUUGAACAGGAUCCUCCUUACUAAGGGAGAGCCUCCUCACUACCAUCUCAAAGAAGUGGAAGCCCAGAUAUAUAGAGAUGCCAAGGAGUGCCUAAAUCUUCUAUCAAACAGAUUGGGAACAUCUCAGUUUUUCUUUGGAGAUAUGCCUACUACCUUGGAUGCCUAUGUAUUUGGUUUCCUUGCACCUCUUUAUAAAGUACACUUCCCUAAGGUUCAGCUACAAGAGCACGUGAAACAACUUUCUAAUCUGUGUCGAUUCUGUGAUGACAUCCUGAGUUGUUACUUUAGGAUUAGCCUUGCAGGCUUUUCUCCAGCGGGACAAGAUACAGUAGAUGCAAAUCUGCAGAAACUCACACAGCUUGUAAAUAAGGAAUCCAACUUGAUUGAAAAGAUGGAUGACAAUCUUCGCCAAAGUCCUCAACUUCCUCCUCGGAAAUUGCCGACUCUCAAAUUAACGACAGCAGAUGAAGAAAGCAAUUCAUUUCAGCCCCUUUCACCCUGACAGCCAUCAUUUUCUGUGCAUGUGCUUCAGCUGCCUUCAAAUCAUUUGAAUGCCACAGUAAUCUUUCUUAUAAACAAGUGUGGUCAGGCAAAAGGAAAGCUAUUAGAAUAUGUACAAGUCAGAAAUUAAGACUAAAAGUAGACCCUCUCCAUGCUGCUUGUUGCUCUAUUAAGAAGCUUAUAGUCUAACCUGAUCAUGCUCUAAAAUGUGGUUAGAGUGGUUUUUUAAAAAGAAAAAUAUAUUGUACUGUAUGAAACCAUCUUAACCUUGGCAAAUGUUUGCCCUUUGGUCCACAUAUUGUUGAUCAAACCCUUUAAUUUCAUUUCAACUGCUCAUUGUUCAAGUGUAUUAAUUUAUUCUCCUUCAAACAAUAUAUGUAUUACUGUAUAACUAUUUGGCUAAGAUUUUUUCCUCUGUUAAGAAAUCUGUGGUCUCCUUUAGUAUUAAAUGUAAAAAUUUUGCUUAUUAGUGGAAUAUCUUGUUUUUAGAUAGCAGUUUUUAAAAAAGGGCUUUUAAUUAGGUUGUUUUGAACACUAUCUUUUUGGUUUGGGUACUGUAUACAUCAAAUAUAAAUGAUGUUUCACAUUGUAUUGUCUUACCCAGUGCCCUUCAGGAUAAUUUAUCACAUUCUUAUGUUUGUGCACAUUGUAGGCUAGCAAGGGCCCUGAUUAGUGUAUUGGUCAAUAUAGCUUCAUAGAGCUAUAUUUUUGGCUUGUCUCUAGAUCUGGUUGGGGUCUAAUUCGAUCCCAAGAGAAUUGAGUCUGUUGGUAUAGAGAUGCCAUAUCAUCUCUAACUUUUUCCAGCUGUUAAUAAUCUCAGGAGGAGCCCAGGGAUAGAGUAACAAGAGUAUUGCAUGUCAAAAAAUUCUGUAGCUAUCCCAGGCUUUGCUCUAAUCAUUAUACACAAGAAGCGUAUAAUAUACUCAAAACCUUUAUAAGAACUAACUUGGCUGUUUCUUAGACAGCAGCUGAAAAACCCAAAGGCAUAGCUUAGAAAGCAGCUUUAGAUUUUUAAGACUCUAUUUUAUCUUUAUUGGUUACUGAAGUGCUUAAGAAAUUCAGCCAUGAGGGCCAUAUUAUUUCCAAUUAUAAGCUUGCUUAUUCUCAUGGCUAAUAAGCUUCUUUAUCUUAGAAUAUAUCUGGGAUUUUAAAAGUAUAGCAACAUGUUUUUUAAUCAGUGUCUUAAAGAUUACUAACGGUGCUCACCUUAUCUUGUCAAAUUCUCAUUUAGAGACCCAUAUGUCCAGAAAUUGGUAGACCAUUUUAUUCAUUUCAUGUUGAUUUGACAGCAGUUUCUUGAAUCCAUCCUUCUUUAACUAUUUAUUUUGUCUUUAAUUACAUAUUUAUAUAAGAAUCCACAGGUUCUUGUAAAUAUUGCAUCCUGAAAGUUUUAACUAAGAUGGAAAAUGUCAUCUUUAAAAUUUCCUUUAUUUCUUCAAUUACUGUGGGAAAGGUAUGUUGACAAGUUUUCUUGUUAACUAUUUAAAUAUUUGUUUCUGCUUCACUUUAUAAGGAUAGAUUUAGCUACAAAAGCAGUCAAAUCUACAUAAAUGUCUUGAAAAUCAUGAACCUUGGAAUUUUAUGUUUGUGGAGCAUAUGUAUAACAAACAGUGAGCAAAUUUUAUGAAUCACACUUUUGCUUAUGUUUUGUUUAAAGGGGAUUGUUUUAUCAAAAAGUUCAGCUUUGCAUAAAGAUAUAUUAAAUGUCUCAAAUGAAAAUGUUUAAAUCUAGACAUGUAGGAUAAUAAUAUUUAAUACUGGAUUAUAUUUAUGUGGCUUUAGGAUUUACAAAAUGCAAUGCAUUUAUUUCCUUUCAUUAUAUUUCUUAGGUGGGAUCAGGCUCAGAUCUUACUUUUAUGUGCUAAUAUCUUCUAUCAAAAGAUAUGACAUUCAUUGAAUUAUUAUACUUCAUAAUAAACAUAAGUGUGAUUCGUUAAUUGUUUUUUCUAGCUUUGAAUGUCUUUACCUAGUUGUAUUUGCAUAUAUUUUUUCUCUUCAAUAGAUAACCUUUGGCUUUAAAGAACUUUUAAUUACUUCUUCUUUUUUGUUAUUUUUCUGUAUAAAUAAAAUUUAUAAUUUGAAGUUAAGCCAAGUAGAAAGUAUUAUAGGGACCUUAUAUUGGAAGGAAAGGGGCCAAAAAUUUGCAGAUUAAUCAAGGAUUAUAAUCAGUCUAAAUCAGUAUAUGUUUUUGAACAAGUUUAAAUUUUGGGAAAACUAGUCUUGGAACAAAAUGCUAGAGGCAAUUUUUGAAGGAGGUAGGUUAGGGGAAAUAAGAUUCAUUUCCUUGUUUCAUGUGGCUAUGAGAUGGAAUAAGUUUGAAGAGGAAAAAAAAAGUAGGGAGAAGAAAAAAUAUUAUCUAGAAAACCAAGAGCCAGUUCCUGCAUGGUAUAUUUUAGAUUAAUGACAGAGCAGUAGAAAGCAUAAUGUUUUUAUUACCUUGGAAAGCUGCUCCCUAACACUCUUCCUUCCCUUUACCAAAGUUUGACACCAGCAAAUCAGAUUUCAUUGUAAAUCUCUAAAGUGCAGUUUGGUCACCGGGGGUUUGAAAGUUGGUUAAAUCAAAAUUUAUGGCCUUUCAGUUUGUAAUUGUAUUUUUACUAAAUAUAUAUUAUUGACAACCUAGUGAAGGCAUCUCUAGAUAUUGAAGAAAAUAGCCAUUUAUGCUAAAUCUGUUAAAUGGCAGUGACAACAGCAUUAGGGACUUUGCCUUAGACAAAUAUCAUCAACAUCAGUUCAGUUUGUAUGCUUGAUUCUAAUUCCUGAAAGGAAGUGACAGGACCAAUAUGUUGUCAAGGACAGUCUGAAGUACAUCAUUCAUAUCAAUAUUUAGGAGAUUAUCAUCAAGAGACUGCUGCUUGAAGAAGGAAUCUGUAUCUAGGAUUUCCAGAAUAUAAAACUUUUAUUUAAACAAGAGGUGGGAAAUAUCUAGUUUAAUGCAAUACAGUUUGAUUUAAACUUGUGCCUCAUUUUAUCAUGGAACUGUCUUCCAGAUUUAUUCUGUGGGCCCAGAUUGGACCAAAAGACAUAAUUAUCAUAGAUGAUGACAGGUACUCAUCUAAUGUGUUAUUAAACAGGAUCCUGAGCAAUCCUGAGCAACUGUUAGAAGGAAGAAAGUAAUAAAGGAUGAUUGUGAUUUAAUUUAUCUGCAUUAAUUUGGAAAUUAGAUCUUUAGAUCAUUAAUUGGAUUUAAACAUGAAAACCUGGAAAAAAAUUAAAAAACUUUUUUGAAAUUGGAAAA